GUCGUGGUUAAAUUGAAACAAACGUUUGAACAGAAUCACUGGACUCAAGCUUGCAUUGCUGUUUGUAUAAAAGGCUUCUGCUGCUAAUAAUCUAGGUUGGUGGCCAGUCAAAAUGAUGGAUGGUCUUGACCCUCAUAUCACCCCAGAAACCCCAGGCCAACCAGCCAUCCGCAACCCUUUCGAGAGCCCCAACGACUACCACCACCUGCAUGAGUCUCUGGUCCCUAGCCCCUCUGUCUUCAAGACCCGCAAACCGUCCGGCGCUACGCCAGCUAAGUUCAGCUGGUCCAUAGAUGACAUGGCUUCCAUGCACCCAGUACACAUAGACGCCGAAGACAUCCAUCGCCAGUCCGUCUACUUCAGUCAGAGCAGGACAGACACCGAUAUAGAGGAGAAGAGGCAGAACGCCAUCGAGCAGUUUUUCACAAAAGAAGCCAUUGUUCCCUCCCCAUGGGCAGGUCCAGCCAAUAAGCAAUCAUUACAGUUGCAGUCAGGGAAAAGUCCCUUGCCCCAACUGAUUAUUGAAGAGCCUUUGAUAACCAAGAAGAACAAUGUGUCCUGUCAGACAACCCUCUCCUUACCUGUGGGUUUAGAUGUGGAGACAAUACUGGCAGCGUAUUGCUUAUCAGAGGAGCUUUGUGACCAGGUGCAGGAGAGCCUAAGUACUUCCUCUCUGAGGAGGAAGUUGUUCCUGGACGGCCAGGGCAGCGGGUCAGACUCCUCCAACCCCUCCAGCCCAGAGAGGGAGGCGUCCUGUGCGAAGGAGAGACCCCCAGGGGGAGGCGGACCUCUGUCCUCUCCUUUCUCCUGUGGCAUAACUGCCAUCACCCCCUCCACGGGACAGUUCUCAUCCAGUCCCAUCCAUGGUCGUGGCCGGGCCUACAGCCUGGGCAAUGGUGCCAGCCCUCUGUUUCCUGAUAAGUCGUCCCCCGCCACCUUCAAGUCCCCUACGCUGUCUCCUAUUGGUCCAGAGGCCACAACCACACCCCAGGGAGCAGGUGAGAGGAAGAAGCUGAGCUUCGUCACCCCGGAGGCUGCGCCGCUGGAGAUGGAGGUGAACGCCCAAACAGAGAGCCCCUACGUGGAGGGCUGCUCCCCCAUCCGCAACUGCUCCCCCCUCCAGCCACAGGGCCGUACCCGGGUCAAUCCCAGAUCCAGGGCCCGCUGCUGGGCCUCGCCCCCUCGCGUUUCCCCCAUCCUUAACCCUAAGCUCCUGGAGAACCAGAACGUCCUCUGGCUGCCUCCCAGCCCCCUGCCGGUCAUGGAGAUGGAGCCGUGCUCCCCGUCUCCUGGGCUGGCUGUGGCCAGGCUUGGGGAGACUCCUGGGUGCCUGGAGCCCAUCCAGAUGGAGGAGGCAGGAGAGGAGGAAGAUGAGCUGGUCGCCACAGAGGAGGAGGAGGAAGAAGAGGUGCCAUCUGUGUGUCUCACCAGCUCUCGUAUGGGCAGUGCGUUGGCAGUGGACACAUCCCACAUGUUUGUGUCUCUGCUGGCCGAGGGAAGCUGCAUCCCCACAGACAGCAGCAGUAUGCAGGUGGACAGUGGGUACAACACCUACUCAGUCAGCGCUGCCAGCUUCAUAGAUGGCACCAGCUCUGACUGCCAGAGCAAGGAGUCAUUCAGCACACACCCUACUGAAGACGCCUACAGUAGACACAAUAGGAACCGGGCAGUUUACCCACACCACUGACUGAUCUAAUGGGUGGAUUCUUCGGCCCAGCGGAAGCCCAAAGAUGAUGUCAUCAAAGAAAUGUUUACACGUUUUAAAGCACUCAUGUGAAUCCCAAGCGAGAACGAUCGAUGCUGUUUGAAAGCUGCUGAAGUUGCACAAUACCUCCUUCGUGAAUCCCAAUCAAACCCCCACCUAAUUUUACUGACUGACUGUGCCAACAGUCUCACUUAGUGAAGACAUGGAAAAGGGACUGGUAGGACUUGACGUUUGGUUCGAGACUACAUUUGUACUGUAUUUAUAGAUUUUGUGCUCACUCAAGUUUAGCUUUGUAUAUGGUCUCAUGUUGCAGCAUUAUAAUGCAUUGGUGUGAUCAGGUCAACUAUCAAGUGGAGGAGCCUGACCAUAAAACAUUCUAAAAUGGUUGUUUUUAAUCAUUUUUUUGCUAUUUAUGUUGUGUCACCACUUGCCUUGUUGAGAAACCACUGAUCUGUUUGUCUUUUUAUAACAGAACUCUUUUUUUCUUAACUUCUAAUGAAGUGGUAUAAAAUGAAAUGUGCUUUUUUGAGCAACAUUAAAAGAUAUUA